AUGGAGAAAGCUUUAGAGCUCUACCAACAGGGUCUCAAUCUGAUGCAUGACCUCCGUGCCCAAGUUGGCCGUGGAGGAUUAUCUAUCAGCAAGGCUACCCUGUUGGAACGCAGCAUUGCUCCCUUAUUCCUACGACUGGGCACAGGUUCCCUGACUAUUUCAGGGACUCAGUUUCCUGUUGAACUUCUUUCCAUUGUAGAAAGAGACAUCAGCUCUGGCUUUGCAUCUGUCGAUUCCGCAAGAACUACGGUUUUUGCCCUAGCCGCGGAAGCUCUCCUCUUUGAGCGCGAGGCGAACUUGCACCUCAAGGCAGUUAGGGCAGAUUCCGCCGUAAGUCCAGAAAUGGUCGCGAAAAAAGAAACACUCCGAGCCCGUCUCGCUGAAUGGCAUCGGGCAUACAUCAGUAUGUGCCAAGGCAACAGCUCCGUACCUACUGCUUCCAUAAACCCAGAGCCUAUCCUGCUCACAUAUCAUGCUGCUGCUGUGAUUUAUCUGGCCGGAUGCUUAAGGCAACAGGAAACCGCCUUUGAUGACCAUUUUGCAGACUUUGUCACCAUCGUCGAGCAGUCGAAGUUGGUUCUCAGUGCCCCGGCAGGACCAAACGGUGCCCAACCACCAUUCACCUUUGAGAUGAGUGUGGGUGUUCCUCUCGCUCUGACAGUGUUGAGAUGCCGCGACCCAGACUUGCGGCGAAGCGCUUUGAAUCUAUUGCGACUAUCGCCUCCGAUACAAGGAUUUUUCAAAUGUGCCCCGGUGGUUCUUUUGUCCGAAAUAUUGAUGAAGCUGGAGGAAAGCUAUAGCUUUUCCCUAAUGCAAGAGAACACAUUAGUAGCCUCUCAGAAGGCCCUUGCCAAGAGUGUCUCAGGCGGCUCACCAGCCUCUAUAGCAACGCAUGAGACAGUCGGCUCACAAGCAGCACUCAUUCCUGAAGAGGCUCGUGUACAUGACUAUGCUAUCUUCAGACCAAAUGAGUGGCAACCUUCGUGGAUCACAGAGGAAGAUCUCGCUCCGUUUUCGCAGGGUCCAAACCAACUAUAUCUGGGAUUUUCGAGAAAUCAAUACGACAAGGGAAGCGGCAGCUGGCAGCCGAUUUUCCAAUGCAUACCGUUAGAGGCCAGUUUUUGA